UGUGCAGUAGGUGUGUGUAAAAAUGCCAGCUAGCAAAGUUUUAAAACCUAUAAGGAUAUGCCCAAGACCCCAUUAAAGAUGCAGAUAGCCCCGAAGUCCCCAGGCUCAUAUUUCAAAAGCGAAUGGUGUUUGAAGUUUCACUGGCGUAGUCCUGGAGAAGGACACGCUUCCUUCCAGCUCCUGCUGACCUGCGGGAAGUAUGGGGAGAGUGUGGGCGGAGGGGCGCCGGAGGAGCAAAGAGGCGCUUCUCGUUUCCUUCCUCUUUGUGCUGAGAGGUGGCGGCUCUGUUGAAACAGUCACCGCCCGCUUCCCUCGCCUUCCGGCUUGGUGCCCCUUCUUGUCCAGAGGUGUCCAGCCCCCCUCGCACCCCUCAGGUGACUGCGGCCAGGCCCCUCCUCAUUCCGAAGGCGCAGUCUGUUCAUUACCCGGCGAUGCUGUCUCGGGUGUGAGGAGAACGCACCUCUGCGAUGUGCACGUCCACUGACAUCCUCUAAUUGGCAGAUAAACCCUUGUGUUUUCGUCCAUAUUUGGAGACCAUUUAUUUAAACAGCAAGCUUGGUUAUCACAGUGAAGGUAUACUAAUUUUGGAAAAUGCCAAGUAGGAAAUUUGCUGAUGGUGAAGUGGUAAGAGGUCGGUGGCCUGGGAGUUCCCUCUAUUACGAAGUGGAAAUUCUGAACUAUGAUAGCAAAUCCCAGCUCUAUUCUGUAAAAUACAAAGAUGGAACUGAACUGGAGUUGAAAGAGAAUGAUAUCAAGCCUUUAACAUCCUUCAAGCAGAGGAAGAGCAGCUCAGCGUCCAGUUCUCCCUCCAGACGCCGUGGGAGUCGUGGCAGUCGUGGCAGCAGGUCUCGGUCUCGGUCUCGGUCACGCUCACGCUCCCAGUCCCCUGGGCGGCCACUUAAAGGUUCCCGGAGAGCCACCUCUGCUUCCUAUCAGGCGGAUGUGACGGAGAUGAGGAGGGAGAUUCUGGAAGUUAAACUGACUCCUCUUGUAUUGCGUCAUAGUUGGUUUCUUCCCUGUUCAGGGUGGUCAUUUCAGUGGACAGACUGUCAGGAGUGCCAGCCUAACAGUGUCAGGGCACAUGGAGGUAUAGAGCUUAUGCAGCAGAAGCCAUUUGGGAACAGCAUUAGCACAUAUAACGGAAGGCCCGAGCCCGAGCCCGAGCCCGAGCCCCAGCCGAGUAAGGGGAAGGACGUGCCUCACAGAAAACCUCAGGAAAGAUUCACCAUGUCCCAAGAAGGCAGUUAUGUGUCUACUCAGCAUAGCCUUCGCCCAAGAAGAGAAGAGAUUAAAUUCAGUGAAGUCAAUUCUAAGGAAGAAAAGCUUGUUGCCAAAGAGCCCGAUUCUCCAAGAAUGUUUCAGGUGGCCACCCCUCAGAGGAGGAAACUGGAGUUUGGAGGUGUCCCUGGUGCACUGCUCAUCAUGCUGGGCCUGCCUGUCACCGUUAUCUUGCUGCUGUCCCUGUGCCGGCAGGCUGAGCCCAGCCUCCUGAGCUUCCCGCCCCCCUUGCCAGCUCUGUGUGACCUGUGGGAGCCCCAGGCUGGUGGGCUGUACCUCCUCUGGUUCUUUGUUCAAGUUCUGCUCUCUCUGCUGCCAAUUGGAAAGGUUGUAGAAGGAUUGCCUCUUGUUGAUGGAAGAAGACUCAAGUACAGAUUAAAUGGAUUUUAUGCUUUCAUCCUGACUUCUGCAGUCCUUGGCACUGCUGUCCUCUGGGGCCUAGAGCUCCAUUACCUGCAUGAGCACUUCCUACAGCUGGCCUUCGCAGCCAUGGUGUUCACGGCCCUCCUGAGCGUCUACCUGUAUGCACGUGCUCGGAAGGCUCGUGGGCCUGAGCUGUCACCUGCCAGCUGUGGCAAUGCUUUCUAUGACUUCUUCAUUGGCCGUGAGUUGAACCCGAGAGUUGGCUCUCUUGAUCUCAAAUACUUCUGUGAACUUCGCCCUGGCUUGAUUGGAUGGGUGGUGAUUAACCUAGGAAUGCUUUUGGCUGAAAUGAAGGUGCAGAACCGGGCUGCUCCUUCCCUGGCAAUGGUUUUGGUUAACAGCUUCCAGCUUCUCUAUGUGGUGGAUGCUCUGUGGAAUGAGGAGGCGCUGCUGACGACCAUGGACAUCACCCAUGAGGGAUUUGGGUUCAUGUUGGCCUUUGGGGAUCUGGUAUGGGUGCCCUUCACCUACAGCCUGCAGGCCUUCUACCUUGUCCGCCAUCCGCACGAGCUGUCCUGGCCCCUGGCUGCGCUGAUCGUUGCUCUGAAGCUUUGUGGAUACAUAAUCUUCCGAUGUGCAAAUUCUCAGAAAAAUGCAUUCCGGAAAAAUCCCUCUGAUCCAAAGCUUGCACAUUUGAAAACCAUUCACACUCCCGCGGGGAAAAACCUCCUGGUGUCUGGAUGGUGGGGCUUUGUCCGCCACCCCAACUACCUGGGCGACCUCAUCAUGGCCCUGGCAUGGUCUCUUCCAUGUGGUUUUGCGCAUGCGCUGCCGUACUUCUAUGUGGCCUACUUCGUGACGCUGCUGGUCCACCGGGAGGCCCGGGAUGAGCAGCAGUGCCGGAGGAAGUACGGGCUGGCCUGGGAGCGCUACUGCCAGCAAGUGCCCUACCGCCUGCUGCCCGGCGUGUACUGACUGCCCGGCCGGCUGGCCGGAGGCCGGCGUGCCGCACGCCUGCGUGUGCAGGGCCGGAGAGCCACGCAGUAGGUUUUUAAUGGAGCCGCUUAUUUUUACGAAAUUGUAACAGUGAAAGAAAAAACACAAGUGUUAGACUUUGCAUCGUAAUAGAAUUUCAACCCUUACAAACCAUAAGACAGUUUUUCUUAUAUGUUGAAAAGAAUGCUAUUAGUGUUCAUAGUUUUUGCUUCCUUUCAAAUUCUGAUAUUUUUCCUUUUGCUAGUUCGUUUUGUUAAAACACUGUUACAUUUGAAAUAGUGUACAUUUCUGUUCCAUUGUACUAAGAGAAUAGAACUUGCUUCAUUUCUCUUGAAAGCCUCUCCCAGCUAUGUGAUUUGAAGGGCGAGGGCCCCUGUGAAGUGCUUGCUGUGAGGAGCGGAGCCGCUGGCAGCGGACACUGCCACUGGGAGGCGGCACAGCCCUUGUCUUCCCGCCUGGGAACCCGCAUUGGAAGAUGUAAAUAGCUUACUUCUAUGUAAUAUAUAAUAAGUGCAGAUUUUUUUUGUACAGUAUUUUCAGUGUGAGAUAAUAGCUUUUUAACAAAACAUUUUUAGUAUUUUAAAGUAAAUUAGAAAUUUUGAAACAAUUAGAAUUCAUUUAAUAUUGUAUAGAUGCUGUUAAAACAUAGGAAAGGUAUUUUUCUUAACCCAAAGUUUGUGAUUUUGGCUUUGCUACCUCAGCUGCAGGUUGUGUUUGCCUUUAUAAACUGUUGCAAAUAGAAAAAAAUAGAACAAAUAUAUAUAUUUUUUGGAGGAACAUCACUAUUUAAACAUUUUUACAUAAUGGUGUAUGAAAAUUUGCCAUUUUAAGCUAUAUAUUUUUAUAUUUUUUACUUUUUAAAUUCACUGGUGUUUUUGCUACUGUUUAGUUUAACUCAUGCAGUCUAUUCUGUAUGUCUCAUAUCUACAGAAUUUUACCUGUGAUAAAAGAGUGCUAUCUAAAAACAGCUUGGGGUUUAAUUUUUAAUAGGUGUGCAUAAGGUAGCUUUCGCCACUAAAUUAUGAUGAAGCUGCUGUAGCCUUAGUUAUACUGUAAAGGAGCAGUAGCAAAAUAACUUCUGUAUUCAAAACAAAAUCGUCUGCAGUAUGUGAAGCACGGGGGAUGCAGCGCAUAUACCAUGUGUCCACGAGAAUGCGCCCCAACUUAGUGUUCCUUUGUUACCUGCAGUAGUCACUCUGUAACUGAAGCGUGUAUAACUUAGUCUGUGAAUGUGAUCAUGAAGUUAGUUUGCUAGUCUAGCAUUCUGUGUCCUUAAAUCUAAACAUUGUUUUAUUGAAAUUGUCAGUAUUUUACUAAUGUUGCUGUAUGCAGCAGGUUUUUCUUUGCUCUUUUAAAGCUUUCUGGCACUGGCAAGUGUGUGCAGUUUUCUGUGCUGGACUCACCUCAGACUGCGGUUUCAGUUCUCCUGGUGAUACUAGGAGAGCGCUUGGCGCAUCAAGGGCUGCACUUUUCUGUAUUGCCUGCAGUUUGCUCUUAAUUUUGUUUUUGAAACAUUUGACAAGCUUUGCAAUGAAGUUUUAAGUUGCAAAUAAAGUUGAAAAUAAAAAUGUGA